AUAAAAGGUGCGGGCGGCGCCGCGCAGAGUCAACGCUGAGGUCCGAGGCACAGGUAUCAUCGAACAGCGAGCCAGUGGACCACUCGAAUCUCCUUCUCCUCGCUCUUCUGGCCAAAGAGGUACAGCAUGUCCGAAAUGCUCGACGACAUUUUCACGAAGAACCUUCUCAACCUGUCCCUGGAUGAUGCCUUGCUCCAGAAGCAGCCUCAACUCAAAGUCCCGGGGCAGAGUCGGCUGAGCAGGUCGACCUCCUACUUCUCCCCCGCCUCCCCUCCCGAGUCCUCCGGCCACAGCUUGAGCACCGAGCAUGUCAACAACGACGAAAACGGGGGUCCCUUCUGGCCGUCCAAUAUCUGGAGCCAGGCGUCCGUCUCCAAGCCCAAACCGCUCCCCUUCAGGCCCGACCGCUCCAUGAGCCUGACCGAGUCCAGCAGCAGCCUGCUCUCCUCCUUCGGAGCGCUGAAGCACCUGGACGCUUUUCCCUCAGGUGCCGCUACUACUGUGGCCCCCCCGCCGGGCUUCCCUCCGUCCUCUUCCUACCUAGCCCAGGUCCAGCCCUUGCUGGCCUCUAACCGUUAUAAGACUGAACUGUGCCGUGGCUUCCAGGAGACCGGCAGCUGCAAGUAUGGCAGUAAGUGCCAGUUUGCCCACGGCGAGCCGGAGCUGAGAGGCCUGAACCGCCACCCCAAGUACAAGACGGAGCCCUGCAGAACCUUCUACAACUUUGGUUACUGCCCCUAUGGCUCACGGUGCCACUUCAUCCAUGAGGAGAAAAUCAGCGAAUGUCCAUUACCAUCCGGCAAAUUCCCUACUCAGCGGCAGCCAAAUGCCACAACUCCCGGUGGUCAGAAUCCCCGCCACCAGCUCCGCCAGAGUGUCAGCUUCGCUGGCUUCCUGGGCUCCUCACGCAGCUCUUCUCCUCCAUCGUUCGCUUCAUCCUUCAAUGACCAGAACCUGGGGUUCAGCCGCGCUCCCUCUGUUUCCCCCCCUCCCGCCGAUCUCCUCUCCCCGGUGUUCAGCGACUCCCUGCACCGGGAGGCAGCCGCGUUUCACUUUGGCAACCAUCAGACCCGUGCCAGCGCGGGAGACAUCCACAACAUUCCUCACAUCCUGGAGCCAAAGGCCUCGCGCUGUGUGUGCGGCCACGGAAAUAACUUUAACAGCAACAACAGCCGAGCCUUUGCCAGCAUGGAGGCGGACGGGCAGCACCAGGACAGCGGCAUGCCGUACCCUGGCACCGGGGGCCACGGCGCAUUCACGAAGCCUGCUGGACUCCAGCGUUUCUCCUCGGAGGACUCCCUGGAGGACAGCUACAGCAGCUCCAGUGGAGGCUCCAGUGGAUCUGAGUCUCCCACGUUCGAUGGAUCGGCCACCAAGAGGCUCACUGUGUUCGAGCGCCUGUCCCUGUCUGACUAAGUGUAUCCGGGGGGGGAAGAAGAGAAAAGGACUGACACUUCAGUUAACCGUGUCUGUCCAUCUGGACUUUCUCCAGAACCAGAACUGAUCAGGACAAGUCAGCUUCAGAUGACACAAAUAACACUUAAAAGUUCUUAAUUUAUGCUUGUCUCGGACAAACUGCGAAUACUGAGAUUAGUACCCAAAUGUUAUCAGACUCUAUUUUUAUACUUAAGAAUAUCGUGUAGCCUUUUAGACCUUUUGUAUGUGGUCUUCCAUCAGAGCUAACUCCUCUGCAGGUCUUGACAGCACCAGUAAAUAGUCUGGUUUGUAAUUACCGUAAUCUGCUCGUGACGAUGAUUAAUCCAGUGCCUUAAAGAUUCUCCCUGCCUCAUAGGCCGUCCUCUCUCAGUGCCACGAACAGUAUGUUUGAUUCAGUAGCCUUUCAUCAGUGAGACCCGACGUGUGUCAUUGAUCCAUUUUUUUUUUUAUCUGUGAUAUGCACUUUACAGCUGAUUCAAAUGGGAGAAACUGUCAAAUCUCCCGGUAGCAUUCAACCAAAGCUUCAUACUUUCGCUCUGCUCCGCAUGUAUGUGUCUGUGCAGCUGUGUACGCGCAUGUGCGGGUGUAUGUGUGCAACCUUCUCUUUUUUUUUUUCUUUUUUCUAUAACCGGGGGUGCACGCUUUUAAAUAAGUGCUGAAAGAUCAAAAGUGUGAAAAUAGAAAAAAAAUUGUGAAAAUAGAAAAAAAUUAUGUCAGUCAGUUUGGACAUGAGUAUCUGUAUCCUGACACACUAUUAGAUUCCCUCGUGUCAAACAUUCUGUAUGAUAAUUUGUUGGCGGCACCCGUCCUCUAUUUACCCCUGUUUGUUUGAAAACCUGGUUCAGGGACUUUAACACCACAGUAUUCCUUUUGGUUAUUGGUUGCCUUAUGUUGUUUAACUUAAACUAAUAUAUUUAUUAUGAUAUUUAUUUGUGUUUAACGAAUAAAAAAAAUGUAUUUUGUACUUUAUUUAUGGAGAAAUAUUUCAAGGUCUGUGAAAUACCAAUGUGAGGAAAAAGCAGUAAAAAAAAAGAGAAUCUUAUAUUUUUAAUUGCCUGAAAGGGACAAAAUAAAUUUCUGAAUGUAUAAAGCAA